AUGUCAAGGAGGAACCAGAGCCAUAUGACUGAAUUCCUUCUUCUGGGACUGACCACUAAUCCCAAACAGCAGGUCUGGCUCUUUGCCAGCUUCUUGGCCAUGUACCUGGUCAAUGUGGUUGGAAACUCGGUUAUCAUUGCAGCCAUCUGGGGGAAUGCCCGCCUCCACACUCCCAUGUACUUCUUCCUCUCCAACCUGUCCCUGGUGGACAUCUGCUUUACCACCGUCAUCAUGCCACAAAUGUUAGUGAACAUGCUGACUCAGAGAAAGACCAUUCUCUUUGCCCAGUGUCUCACACAGAUGUAUUUUUUUGUGGCCUUUGGGAUCACUGACAGCUUCCUACUGGCUGCCAUGGCCAUGGACCGCUAUGUGGCCAUCUGUAACCCACUGCGUUAUGCCACUACCAUGAGCCGCAGGCGCUGUCUCCUACUGGUGAUGGCCUCCUGGAUAGUGUCCCACCUGCACUCACUUGCCCACACAAUUCUCAUGGCCCGCCUCUCCUUCUGUGGGCCCAACAUCAUCCACCAUUUCUUUUGUGAUGUCCAGCCGCUGCUGAUGCUCUCCUGCUCUGACACCUCUGCCAAUGAGCUUCUGGCCUUCACAGAGGGCUCCUUUGUUGUCAUGGGUCCCUUUAUUUUCAUUAUUGUCUCUUAUUUCUACAUCACUCGUGCUGUCCUGAGGCUUCCCUCAGGGGGAGGAAGGUACAAAGUCUUCUCUACCUGUGGAUCUCACCUCACAGUCGUGGCACUAUUCUAUGGGACCAUAAUAUCUGUGUACAUUCGUCCCUCAUCCACCUACUCAGUGACAAAGGAUCGUGUGGUCACUGUCAUCUAUACAAUAGUCACCCCCAUGCUGAAUCCUUUCAUCUACAGCCUUAGGAAUAAGGACAUGAAACAGGCCUUGAGAAGCCUAACUAAAAGAACAGAAUAG